AGUGAACGCACUGAUAAAAGGCUAGCUUAAUUUUUUUUCAGGACUUAGUCCUAGCAGCGAUUCUUUACCACCCCCAUUGUAAUCUUUUUAUUUAUUUAAAAGUAACUAACUCGCAACUUUUCAACAACAAAAAAUCAAAAUGAAUAUAAUUCCAAGCACGAAACGGGCCGCGUUUAAGAUGACGGGAGUCAUGGGCUGUAUUAUCCUUCCUCAAAAUGGAGGCGCGGAGAGACCCGCGCACUACGGCUCGGUAGAUUCCUCCCCGCAGGUCGCCAUGGCCUCAGCUAAGGACUCCCGCGGUGCCAACGCGGGGUCCAUCGACACACCGAAGCGGCCCAAGAUCCUCGGCGUGAGCUCGACUAGCAGCUACUCAUCAAAACUGAACGAGGACGCGGACGGCGGCGGCUCGCUGCCGUCCACCCCGGAGCCAGACAGCGAGAUCGACGCGUUGGACUCCUCGGCGGGGGCCGCGGUGCUGGAGAACGACACGAGGCAGCUCAUGGGCCGGUUCCUCGCAGACUUUACCGGACUUUCGAAAGCCCAGUGGCACGAAAGCAGAGAACUGACUACGAUGAAAAGGGUCGUGAAAGACGUUUUGGAGAAGCAUAGAUACGCGUACAAUGGGAUGAUCAACAAAUUGUCAUUGGAUGACAGAAAUGAAGACACAAGCUUUGUCAGAGAAGUAGCCAAGAGCCUCUUUGCGGACGGGACCACAAACUGGGGCCGCAUCGCCAGCCUGGUGGCCUUUGGGGCCGUGGUGUGUCAACACCUGAAGGAGAAGAACCGGGGGAACUGUGUGGAGCUGGUGGGCCAGGAGAUCUCUACGUACCUGCUCUCUGACCAGCGGGACUGGCUGGUCAAAAACAAUGCAUGGGAUGGCUUCGUCGAAUUCUUUCGGGUCGCCGACCCAGAGUCCACAGUGAGGAACACACUCAUGGCCGUCGCUGGAUUUGCUGGCAUUGGGGCGACACUGGCCCUGUUGAUAAGCCGCUGCGGUGAGACGUGAGAACCGGUGAUCGUCGACGGCCCACGGAACAAAAAGAACUGCACCCGGAAGGAAGUUUUACUGGCACUUUAAUGUCUACUUUUUAAUUACCAUUGUUGUGACUGGUGCAUGAUUAAAAACUGACAUUUGAAAAAAAAAAACAUUCAGCAUGAAAUAUCGUUCCGUUUUCCUCUCUUAUGGUGGGCGGCUUUCUAACGAGGAAGUAGAGUUCUUGUGAAAUUCGACCUCACCCACCCCCACCCCCCGGUUACGUGGCUUUCAGCUGCACAAAUUUAAUUCAACUUUUUCUUGUGUUUAUGAGUGGAAGUAGAAGUUCCAGAGACGGACGUCUCAGAACCUCGGAACUUGAAACCGGAAUUGCAUCGAUGUGAAGAGAAAGAGAAAAAUAGCUUGAUUUAGCUUUCCUCAAGACUUUCCACGAUGAAUUUGGGGAUUUCAAUUUCAACAAAAAAUUAUAUAUAUAUAUAUAUAUAUAUACAUGUAUGUCAAAUUGUUUUAUUUUUGAAAACUUAAUUUCUUGUCUGUCUGAAAUAGGGACGCGCCAAUGCGAGUCUCAAAACCGGUCCAACUAUUUCACUCAUGUGCCCGAUGGCAGGAUCGGAUCGGUGCAUCUCGAGUUUCAGUUUAUUUCUGAUGUUUGUUAUUAUAAUUAUAAUUAUUAUUAGAGUAAUAUAACAACAACAAAUACUAAAUUACUCUUCUUUUUUUUUUACCGCUGAUGAUCCUCCAUAUUUUGAUUCUUUUGUGCUAUAGAAAACAGAUCUCAUAAUAUGAGACAGAAAAUAAUCUUUUGUCUGUAUCACUACAGGUAAAAUGCACAAAUUUGCACUUUAAAUAAACAUAUUUUAUCAUUG